AUGGCUUCAUCGUUAACCUCCUCCAUUGUUCCCGCCUUCCUCUGCAACAACAACAACACUCGCUGUAUCUCUCGCCGUAGCUUCACGCGCCAUCUAUCGUCGCCGAAUUUCAAGAGGAAUUGUUCGUCGUCCUCCCAUUCCAAGAAGACCACCACCGCCAUCAGUGUGAAACAGGGGCAGAAAAGCGCGUUGCAGUACAAGAAACUGGGAGACUCCGACCUCGAAAUCAGUGAAAUCACUCUAGGCACCAUGACAUAUGGGGAGCAGAACACAGAACAAGAGGCACAUCAACUGCUUAGUUAUGCAUUUGAGCUUGGAAUCAAUAUCAUAGACACUUCAGAGAUGUAUCCAGUCCCAUUGAAAAAGGAGACACAAGGGAGAACAGAUCUCUAUAUUGGUAGUUGGCUGAAGUCCCAACCUCGCAACAAGGUUAUUUUGGCUACAAAAGUAAGUGGUUAUUCAGAGAGAUCGAGUUACAUACGCGACAAUGUUAAGGUUGUGAGGGUUGAUGCUGCCAAUAUAAAGGAAAGUGUAGAGAAAAGCCUUAAACGUCUCAAUACUGAUUACGUUGAUUUAUUGCAAAUACAUUGGCCAGACCGUUACGUGCCCUUGUUUGGUGAAUUUACCUAUGAUCCUUCAAAAUGGAGGCCAAGCGUGCCGUUUGUUGAGCAGCUCAAGGCCUUUCAGGAACUCAUUGAUGAAGGAAAGGUGCGCUACAUUGGUGUUUCCAAUGAGACUUCAUAUGGAGUGAUGGAAUUUGUUCAUGCUGCAAAAGUCGAAGGAUUACCAAAAAUUGUCAGUAUUCAAAACAGCUACAGUCUGCUGGUUAGAUGUAAGUUUGAAGUUGAUCUUGUUGAAGUAUGCCACCCAAACAAUUGCAAUAUUGGCUUACUUGCUUAUUCUCCACUGGGUGGUGGAUCACUGUCAGGGAAGUAUUUAGAUGUGAAUUCUGAAGCUGCAAGAAAAGGGAGGAUAAACCUCUUCCCUGGCUACAUGGAAAGAUAUAAUAGAUCGAUUGCCAAGGAAGCAACAAUACAAUAUGUUGAAUUGGCUAAAAAAUAUGGACUAACUCUAGUUCAGUUAGCACUAGGAUUUGCACGAGACCGUCCAUUUGUGACGAGUUCAAUUAUUGGUGCAACGUCUCUGGACCAAUUGAAAGAAGACAUUGAUGCUUUUUUGACAACUGAGCGGCCUCUGCUUCCCGAAAUCAUGGCGGAUAUUGAGAAAGUUUUCAACAGAUAUAAAGAUCCAGCUAUCCUUUAG